GGGUACUCCACAGGCGGCUAUUUAUCUAAGGGCAAGUUGUCCGUUCUUGCAUCUUCGCUCAAAAAUGGAGUAUUCUAAGCUGGUUUGGUGCGGCUUAUCCUCCUAUAUCUCCAUCACUCUUUCCUUUUUUCACAUCUUCAGAUCCGUCUUAUCUUCCUUCAACCGGAUUCCACUCACAGUCUACCUAGAUUGUAUCUUGUCUCUCUACUUCUGGUUCUGCGGUCUCUGUCCAUGCACCGUCGAUCUAGAUGACCACACCACCAUCCAUUUUUGGACGCCCAGGCAUAGACGCUUGGAUAAACCAGAUCUGGUCAUGAUUCACGGCUUUGGAGGCACUUCGCGCUGGCAAUUUUCUACUCAAGUGGCUUCCCUGUCUCAGCAUUUCAACCUCUACGUGCCAGAUCUGUUAUUCUUCGGUAAAUCCCACACCGCUAAAUCGGAUCGGAGUGAUAAGUUUCAAGCCGAGUGUAUAAUGGAAGGGCUGAAGAAGUUAGGGUUGGACCGGUUCGCGGUGUACGGGAUCAGCUACGGCGGAUACGUGGCGUACCAGAUGGCGGAGAAACAUCCGGAGGUCGUCGAUAAGGUUGUGUUAGCGAGUACCGGAGUCGGUUGUUCUGAUGAUCAAAAAAUGAAGGAGCUGAACAAAUUUGGAAGAAAUGUAUUGGAUAUUCUUGUGCCUGAUAAUCCGGAUGAUCUGCGUUUGUUGGUUAAAUUCUCGACUUUCAAGUUUAAUCCUCUCAAAUGGACCCCCAAUUUUUUCGUUAGUCGUUUCGUUGAUGGGAUAUAUAGAACGCACAGGAAGGAGAAGUUAGAGCUACUGGAGGACUUGAUGGAAAGGACUGAAGAUUCAAGACCUUGUAUUCUAACACAAGAAACACUGCUGAUAUGGGGUGACAAGGAUCAAGUGUUCCCAUUAUACAUGGGUUAUCAGUUGCAGAGGCGGUUGGGAUCAAAAUCAAGAUUAGAGAUCAUCAAGGACACAGGCCAUGCUUCGAAUAUCGAAUCUGCCGGGACCCUGAAUAGGUUGAUUAAGUCGUUUGUUUUAGGUCAAUCUCAGAAUGGUAUAUGAAGGGAAUUUGUGUUAUGAAGUUGACUUGCAACGGCCAAAGGCUAGCAUUAAGCAGCAGAAGAAUAAUGACAGAUAUCGCCAUUGACAUUGACCAGCAGCAUCAAGUCUCAAUUAGUUCUUCAGUGAAUGUUGCAUCUUAUCUUUAAUUUGACCAAUGUACACUUGAUUCAGCAAGUUUGAGUAGGCUGAUAGACUAAGCUCCUUCUCUGAGCUUAUCCUCUGUUCGCGCGUCAUCUCUACAAAGACGAAGCAAAGGCGAAGCCCUAUCUAUUGGGUUUUCACUUCUCUUGGGCUUACUUGCCUUGGGUUGUUUGGCCUUACAAUGGGCCUUUCAUGUCUUUAGUUAAACGGUGCACUUUGCACCAUUUCUAUUCAUUUGUAUUCAAACUUAUUAACUUAUUAUUUUUCCUUUUUUUUAAUGGUCAUAUCACAAUGACCGUUCACAUUUGUAUUUCAUAUAUAAGUGGCAAUGGAGCCGUUGGCUCGUCACUGCAAUGAUAAUAUUCAUUACACACUUCUUCUUCC